CAGUUGGCGUGUAACUGCUUUAGGAUAAAGACGUGUUCUUGUGUUCUUCUGUUUAGGGAGGUUCGAUCGAAAGAGAACACAGAAAAAAAACAAAACUAGCAACAACAAAUAUACAAACAAAUACAAACGGUAGACGUAACAUAUCAACGGAAAAUAAACGGGUAGCAACAACAACAACAAGUAAUAAGAAAACAAAAAAUAUACAAAAACGUAAAAAAAGUAAAUAAAUAAAUGUACGUCAAAAGAGAAGAGGGUUCAAAUAUGAGUAAUAAAAAUUUUGGGAAAUUUCUCUUACACCUUUCCAUAAUUGGAUUAAGCCUCCUCCAUGGAUUAUCCGAAGCAAAAGGCACACACAAAGUUCAUUGCAGCGAAGAUUUAAUGCGCGUUGAAAUUGGCCUACCAGAACCCAUAGCGGCAAGCAGUAGCAGCAGUUCAGACAGCUCCUCCUCCUCCACCUCCUCGUCGUCGCUGAACAAUGAAAGCCCCCAAAUCUAUUUGGAAGGCCUCAAGGGCUAUCCGGAUGAGCGCUGUCAUCCCGAAAUUAACGGUUCGCUGGCCAUCUUCCGUUUAUCGCUGACUGAUUUCUAUGAGUGUGGUGUUACGCGUAUGGUGAAUCAAUUAACGGGCAAAAAAGUCUAUUAUCACAAAAUCAUAAUUCAAUCGUCGAAUGGCAAAGAAAUCGUCAGUGUUAAAUGCAUCACCAGUGGUCCGGUUUUCAAUUUGAUGAUGAAUGAAACUGCCCAAGAGCAACCACGUUUUGUUUUACAAGAGCAGCAGCAUCAUGGCAUUGUGAGACGUGACGUUCUGCCAGCUGGAUUUCAAGAACCAGAAGACUUGGAAAUCACCACAUCCCUAACGGAGAGGGCACCCGAACCCCGUUUGGCCAUUGGUGUCAGCCAGAAUGGCAAAAGAGUAACGGGUGAUUUGACCGUAACACCUGGUACCCCGCUAACCAUGGAAAUCAGUUUGGAUCGUGAAUCGGCACCCGUAUAUGGUUUGGGUGUCAAUUAUUUGGAAGUAACCGAUACCCGCCUGCUGUCGGAGACCAUUAUUUUCAAGGGCUGCACUGUGGACCCCUAUCUUUUUGAAAAUUUCAACACCAUCGACGGUGAUACCUUGAGUGCUAAGUUUAAGGCUUUCAAAUUCCCCGACUCCUCGUACGUGCAGUUCCGUGCCACAGUCAAUGUGUGUCUGGACAAAUGUUUGGGUACCCAAUGUUCGAAUGGCCAAAUCGGCUAUGGCCGCAGAAGACGUGAUACCUCAGAGGCCAUGAUGUCACCCUUCCAGGAUACCAAUAAAGUCUAUGAAAUCUCCUUGGCCAUGUUCAUUAAAAUCAACGAUAUUGAGGGAGUUAAUCGAAAUGAAGUCUUGCGCCUGGAGGAAAAGCUUCGCGAAUUAAAAUUGGCCAAUCAACGUUUGGCUCGCAACAGUCGUGGCCAUUUCAACGAGCCCUUGGUGAAAACUUACGAACAACUGCCGUUGUCGGUGCCUGCCUUUGUGGUCGAUGAAAAGGAACUGGAAGAGGCACGGAAUGCUGGUCAAACCGCUGCCCCAGCAGUAUCAAGUGAGAUAUUUAUCGCCACAUUGGUAGCAAUGCUGUGUAAAUUUUUGUAAAUAAUUAAAAAGAAGAAGAAACAGAACCUCAAAUAUUAAACAUGGACAACACCAACAACAACAACAACAGGCAAUAUGGGAUUGUGAAAACAAAAGAAACCCUCCCCGAUUUCUUUUUGUAAAGUUAUUCUCCCCCCUCCCCAGAAAACGAAACACUCCCAAGGUCUUAAUUUAACAAAAUUAUUAAAGAGUAGCCACAGAAAAACUUAAUAUUUUUGUUAAAUUGACACAAACAUAUUUACGAAACACAUAAAAAUAAAAAUAAUAAAUACUGUAAAUCUUUUAUAAUAGAGUAUCGAAAAAAACACAUAUUUUUUUAACUAUAUAUAAAUAAAAUAAUAUUAACUUUUUUUUAAAAACAUUUGCUUUAAACCCGAGAAAGAAAGAAAAAACUAAAUUUGAAUCUCUAAUCAUUUUUGAAAAUUAUAACUGCUUAAAAUGUAACUGCCAUUUUUUUAAAUACUAUUUGCUAUAAAUAAAAGGAAAAAUC